AGAGAGGGACCCAGCAGGCACACUUCACUUGUUUCUGCACGAAAAACAUCCAGGUGGAAAGAUUGUCUCCCUGCCUACUUUAUCACAGAGGAGGACUUUACCUGAGAGGACAUAUAGCAACAGCUCCCAGGGCAAUUCUACAGCCCGAGAGAGAGCGAAGGAGGGACAACUUUUGACUAUUUGACUGAUUUUUUUAAAUUCAUCCCACAUCCGUAACCUUGGAAGUCAGACCUGUUUAUUGAGAGGAUGGGACCGCUACUCCUUUCCAUCGCCCUGUGUUUGGGCGCCGCUGUCCCGCAGCAUGUGAAAGCAGCAGAUGGUGAGGAACCAACUUCAGCAGGUCCUUGCCAUCCAAACCCUUGUCACAACAGAGGAACAUGUGAGAUCAGUGAGACCUACAGGGGAGACACCUUCAUUGGAUACGUCUGCAAGUGUCCACCAGGCUUUAGUGGUGUUCACUGCCAACACAAUAUUAACGAAUGCGAAAGGGAACCAUGCAAGAACGGGGGCAUUUGCACAGAUCUGGUUGCCAACUACUCCUGCGAUUGCCCAGGGGAGUACAUGGGCAGGAACUGUCAAUACAGAUGCUCUGGACCACUGGGCAUGGAGGGAGGUAUAAUCUCCAACCAGCAGAUAACAGCCUCUUCCACCCACCGCGCUCUCUUCGGCUUGCAGAAGUGGUACCCGUACUUUGCACGCCUCAACAAGAAGGGCCUGGUCAAUGCCUGGACCGCUGCCGAAAAUGACAGAUGGCCAUGGAUCCAGAUAAACCUGCAGAGGAGAAUGAGGGUCACGGGCCUAAUUACCCAGGGUGCCAAGCGUAUCGGCAGCCCAGAGUACGUCAAGUCUUACAAAGUAGCCUACAGUGAUGACGGGAAGACCUGGAGAACAUACAAAGUCAAGGGCAAAGAUGAUGAUAUGAUUUUCAGAGGAAACGUCGAUAACAACGCUCCAUCAGCGAACUCCUUCACCCCUCCCAUUGAGGCCCAGUAUGUGCGCAUUUACCCCCAAGUCUGCAGGAGGCACUGCACCUUACGCAUGGAGCUGCUCGGCUGUGAGCUAACAGGCUGCUCUGAACCACUGGGUAUGAAGUCAGGCCAUAUCCAGGACUACCAGGUCACGGCCUCCAGCAUCUUCAGGACGCUCAACAUGGACAUGUUCACUUGGGAGCCUGGAAAGGCCCGGCUGGACAAACAGGGCAAGGUCAAUGCUUGGACAGCUGGACACAGUGACCAGUCACAGUGGCUACAGGUGGACUUGCUUGUGCCUACCAAGGUCACAGGUAUCAUCACCCAGGGAGCUAAAGACUUUGGCCAUGUCCAGUUUGUUGGCUCAUACAAACUGGCAUACAGUAAUGAUGGAGAGCGGUGGAGUGUAUAUCAAGAUGAGAAACAGGGGAAGGACAAGGUAUUCCAAGGGAACUUUGACAACGACACUCACCGAAAGAACGUGAUAGACCCACCCAUCUACGCUCGGCUCAUCCGGAUCCUCCCCUGGUCAUGGUACGGCAGGAUCACACUGCGUGCAGAAGUACUGGGAUGCACAGAGGAAGAGUGAGGCCCUUUCUUCCAUCUUUCUCGCCCAUCGUCCCCUGUCCCUUGGCUUACUGGAGUAUCUCACCCAGUAUUUCAAAAAUAAACUGUGCAACCUGUAAAAAGAAAUCAAUUUCCAAUGGAUUUUUCAAGGAUACGUGUUUGGUUGUGGUGGGUUGCUGUUUGUUCUUUUUGUACAAUGAUUUCAAACCUGCCCUUGAUCCACUUUCGUCUUUUAGUUUCCUCUUUAAAGCGUGAUCUUUGUCUUUUUAUUCUUCUCAAGAUUUGCCAUCCUGUUUGGAAUGAACUUCUGUAAUAUAUAUGGGAGGGGUGGGGGUGGGGGUGGAAUGGGAGAGGGGUUCUCACUGUGGUUUUAACUUGUUGCCAUGGAAGCUAUUGUACAGUGUCACUUUUUAACAAAGAUGUGAAAUCUGUCUGCCGUGCUUCAUUGGACACGAUUAACCAUACCAUAAAUAAACUGUCUAAAAUAACCAUGUAGAGAUCACAUGUUAUCACAUUAUCAAAUAUAUUUUUACUUUGAUUACUACACUUCCUCAAGCCAUGCUUUUACCCUAAUGGACACUGGCAUUACUACAUCAAUCAAAACACUAUUAAUGCUCUUGUAUUAUAUGUAAAAGACUAAGAAAUUGCAUGGUGCGUGAAUUAUAAAUGUACAUUAUGACAAAUCAUUUAAAACCUCCAGCCCUGAGAGCAAUGGCUUUGAUUUAGGGACCUAUUUUUAUGUGCAUUUUUAAAUAGUUCUGAAACAUUACAACACACUGCAAAAGCUUACUGGAGAUAACUGAUAUGUGAGACAAUAAACAAGCUCUGCAGUUAAACGUGGAGCUGCAGCACUGACACUGAGACUCAUAGGCUGUCUCUAGCUGAACUGUCUUAAUGCUCUCAUAAGGAGAUCCAUUUUUUAUUUGACUCUCGCAACACCUUUUCUAAGAUAUUUGGAAUUAUUGCUUGUGCUUGUUAUUUUUUUUGUAUUUAUUUUUUGAUUUAUUUGUUUCAGCUGUCAGACGCAUAAAAAUUUGUGUUUCAUGUCUUUGUGUUGUCUCGGAGAUCUAAGUUGUAUCAAUUACAAAGCUCAGGAUAGAUGUCAUUCAUAAUAUGAACCCACAAAUGUAUCACUUUUGGCCACCAAUUUAAAGAUUUCUCUGUAAUAUUAUUUAAAGAAAAUGUCAAAUGAGUAAGAGCAAUUAUUUAAAUCAUGUCCAUAUAUCCGUAAUUCAGAUGUAAAAUGCAGUCUUUAAUUUUUUUUUUUUUAUCCCUUUGAUAUGAUAAAAAUUGUUAAUUUCUUCUUUUUUGUUUGGAAAGAGAGCCAAUGUCCAAGAUUAAUAAUAUAUUAAUAAAUGUUAUUAUCUCAAACUUACAAUGAUGAACCACUGUAACAGUACAGAGCUCUAAAUUAAAAAUGGACAGCCUCUUUAUUUCAGGGAUCUGAUUUUUAUUAUCAUGCUGGGUGGGAAAUUAUAUAGUAAUGAAUUGUUAAAGAGCUUGUGGGUAUUUUCACACAACAUGGCAUCAGCUCUCUGCAUGAUCAGGGAGUUGAAAAAUAUUUAGACACGUUAAGGUUACGGGGGAUAUAGAUGCUGUUAUGCCAAUCGUGUCAAAAUAUUCUAAUUAUGCAGUUUCCUAUGGAUUCUGCUGUUGGCUGCAUCCUGCAGCAAAUGAAUAGUGAUGCUUGGCUGGUUAAAUAAAUGGAAGUAAACAAGUACCUGCGGUAUCACAGCAGUGUCAAACCUUACCCAUUCUACACGGCUUAAAAAUAGGCCUGGACCGCUCUAAUGGUUCCCACUCCUGACUAGUUUUCCCAAAGCUCUCGAGUGCUAGAAUAAGAGCUGAAAGGAGCUACUUUUAUGCUUUGUGUUACUUAAGAGUUGCCAGCUUUCAGUCACUUAAUAAUCCAAUCUUUUCAUGUUGUAGGAAUACAAUGAAUUUGUUCUGAGAUUGCAGCCCAGCCUCAGAGAGAAAGUAAGGAGAACCUCAUUUAAUUUAAUGUAACAACCUCUCAAAGUAAUUUUGGUUGCCUGACUAGAUUGGAAAUACAAAAGUGCCACUGUUAUUUUUCAUCACUUUAUAUCCAGUGAAUGAAAAUGCAUUGGAAUCAAACAGACUUAAUUCUAAAAGCACAGCAAGAAAAACACCCAGAAUAUGUAACACUGUCCAAAUAUUUUGGUGCUUACUUUAUAAUGUUGUGUGCCAGGGCAUUUUCUGAUGUCAUGCCAUCCACAUGGAUGUUGUUGUAGUUGAAAGGUAACUGUAAAAUCAGAACAAAAACACAUUUUGAUUGUUAUCUGGAUAAUUGGAACUGAAUAUAGCCAAUUGUAUUCUUGUUUGGCAAAUUAUAAUAUGAUAUCUUGGAGAAGUUUACUUGUGUUAUGUUGCCAAACUUGAUCAGUAAUUCAAUGUAAGUUACACUGAAAGACUUUGCUGUUGAUUACCAAUAUGUGAAAAUUGUUAUUGGUGUGAAUCAGUGACUGUAUUCCUUAGCUUCAUGGACACAGGAUAAGCAUAAACAGAUAAUUUUUGCACCCUUCAAUUGUUUAUUGCCAAAUAACUAUAUCUGACCAGCAUCUGCGCUGAUUAAUCUUUGUAGUGAGCUUCCUGUCAGCAGG